GAUUGACAACUGAUUGUUUUGUGUGUUCCUGAGGAGGAGAAUGCGUUAAAAAAGAAAACCCGUGAAAAUAUUUUAAUUUUCUCCCGAUGAAAAUCGUUUGUAACGGGAAAUGUGCAAUGUGACCUAACCGAACAGAUAUCUAGUGACUCUUUUUAGUUGUUUUUUUAGUUCCGUCGCGGGGUAAUUCGCCAAGGAAUAUUUCCGUAAUUUUUCAUGUCUUGAGAGCAGAAAUUUGAUGACAAUGGCGGUGCCAAAGGAGUGCUGUUUCGCGAUGACCGAUUGCUGAAUUUUUCUCUACAUUUUCCUGGCAGAUAAAAUAUGAAUACAGGCAUAGGCUCCGAUUACGAUUUUAAUUCAGAAGAAAACGCAUCGAAAUGGAAGGGCCUUCUGACAGCUGCUUUGAAAAAAGUAUUGGAGCAAGUUCAUCCCUCACUGGGUGCCCGAGAAGAGGCACUGGAUUAUGUGGAGAGUUUGUGUCUCCGACUAUUAGGCAUGCUCUGUGCCAAACCAAGUCCACACACUGUACAGGAUGUCGAAUCUAGAGUCCAAAACACAUUUCCCACCCCCAUAGACAAAUGGGCUCUUAAAGAGGCUCAGGAAGCCUUAGAAAGAGGAAAGAAAAAGUCAGUUUUAUUACUACCAGUUGAUAGGAUUCAUAAUCUUAUGCAGAAGGAAUUGCUGUUGUACAAAGUUGAUUCGACAGUAUCAUUGUUUCUAGUCGCCGUUUUGGAAUAUAUCUCAGCUGAUAUUUUGAAACUAGUAGGAAAUUACGCCAAAAACAUCAAACACGUCGAGAUCACUUAUCAAGAUGUGCAGAUUUCUAUGAAAGUCGAUAAGGCCCUCAUGGACAUGUUUUAUCAAGACGAAGGAGGAGGUAACUUGAGUGAACGCCUCAGCGAAAAAUUAGUCCUAUCCGCACCUAGGACUAGCCUCACUUAUGAGGAAACUGUCAGGGAAUUGAUUGCUUCGGAGAAAGCUUAUUUAAAGGAAUUGCAUAUGAUUAUUAAAGUUUUCAGGGAAGAAAUCAAAAAACUAACCCAAGAUCCAAGAGAUAUUGAAUUAAUUUUUUCCAACAUAAUGGACAUCUAUGAGCUAACCUACACUUUAACUGGCAGUUUAGAAGAUGUCAUGGAAAUGGCUCAGGAGCAAAUGCCUUAUAUUGGUAGCUGUUUUGAAGAAUUGGCUGAAGCUAAAGAAUUUGAUGUUUAUUGUAAAUACGGUCGUGACGUCACAUCACCUUUAUGUCGUCAGACAUUAUUGGAGCUAUUGUCAAGGCAGCAGGCCACGCUCAAUACCGCAGGUCAAGGAAUGCCUUUAGCUUUAAAGUAUUAUCUGCCUGCAUUGCUGACCCAUCCAAUUUGGCACUUUUUUUCUUACAUGGAUUAUAUUAGAUUACUAAUUGGUUUGUCUCCUGCUCCAGAAGAUAGAGAGAUGUUAACUGAAGUAGAAGGGAUGCUGAAGCCUUUAAGGGAUGAACUCUCUCACUGUGUUCCUUCCCAGCCAAAUCCCAGAGGCUCGGCUACUUUGAACCAAGUCAAAACCAGAAGAUCAGCUGCUAUAGAAAAAAUUCAAGAGCUGGAAAAAAUCGUUGAAAAUUGGGACUCCAAGGAUCUGGGUCAAUGCUGUAAUGAAUUUGUCAGAGAGGAUGUAUUAACCAAAGUAAGUCAGAAAAGACUGACUGAACGGCGAGUGUUCCUAUUUGAUGGUCUCAUGGUUUUAUGUAAGCCAACGACUUCGUCUAGAAGGCAAAGUUCUGUACAUCACACGCCACAUACUUGUAGGCUGAAGGAACGUUUUUUUAUGAGAAAGGUCGAAAUCAAGGACCACGAAGAUACUGACGAGGUGAAACACGCCUUUGAAAUUUUACCCAGGCAGACGCCUAGUGUAAUGCUUUGUGCAAAAAGCCUCGAGGAGAAAAACUCCUGGAUGGCCGAUCUAGUCAUGUUAAAUAAUAGGUCUAUGUUAGAAAGAGUUUUAGAUAGUAUAUUGUCAAGGAUAGAGCAGCAACACCCAUUAAAACUACCCCCACCUGAAUUGUAUAAAUUCGCUGAACCAGAUUCCUCUGAUAAUAUUAUUUUGGAACAGUUGGAAAACGGCGGAGGUGUGCCUUUGAUAAAAGGCGCUACUUUAUACAAACUAGUUGAACGUCUUACUUAUCACAUUUACGCCGAUCCGAAAUUUGUUAGGACUUUUUUGACUACUUACAGGAGUUUUUGCUCACCAACUGCUUUAUUAGAUUUACUUAUUGAACGAUUUCAUAUACCAGAUCCUUCUAAAGUUUAUGAACAAGACCCAAGUGAUACAGAUAAAAUUCAGAAGAGUAAUCAGAGAGAGGAUUGGAAAAAGUACAGGAAAGAGUAUGUCCAGCCUGUACAAUUUAGGGUGUUGAAUGUUCUACGGCAUUGGAUGGAUCAUCAUUUUUAUGAUUUUGAACGAGAUCCUGAACUAUUGAAGAGGUUGGAAGACUUUUUAGACUCUGUUGCUGGUCAAAACAUGAAGAAAUGGGUAGAGAGUGUAAAGAAGACUAUUAAAAGAAAGAAAGAAAAUGACAACCAAAGGCACAAAAACGCCUUUGUAGAUAGGCCGCCUCCAGUAGAAUGGCAUAUACAUUGCAAUGAAGAAGAAUAUGGUAUUUUGACGCUUCAUCCUUUGGAAAUCGCCAGGCAGCUUACUUUGAUUGAAUUUGAUCUGUAUAGGAUGAUAAAACCUAGCGAAUUGGUUGGGUCAGUGUGGACAAAGAAAAAUAAAGAUGUGACUAGUCCAAAUUUGUUAAAGAUGAUUAAACACACGACUAAUUUCACUAGAUGGCUAGAAAAAAACAUAGUAGAAGCAGAAAAUUUGGAAGAACGGGUAGCAAUAGUGAACAGAAUAUGUGAAAUAAUGAUAGCUCUAAACGAAAUGAACAAUUUCAAUGGUGUACUGGCCAUUAGUUCUGCAACACAAUCGGCUGCGGUGCAUCGAUUAAGAUUCACUUUUCAGGCAAUCACACAACACUAUAAGAAAUUUUUGGAAGAAUGCAGUAGAGUUGAUGAUCACUUCAAAAAAUACCAAGAGAAACUCAGAUCUAUCAACCCUCCUUGCGUUCCUUUUUUAGGAAUGUACUUAUCAAAUAUUUUACACAUAGAAGAAGGCAAUCCCGAUCAUUUACCAGGAACGCAACUAAUAAAUUUUUUCAAGCGACGAAAAGUGGCAGAAAUAACUGGAGAGAUUCAACAAUAUCAAAAUCAACCAUAUUGUUUUAAGGUGGAGCCUGGUAUAAGGAAUUUCCUGGAAAACCUUAACCCAUUUGCUGACAUGUCCGACACAGACAUACAAAAUUAUCUCUAUCAGAAAUCAAUGGAAAUUGAACCUAGAGGAUGUAGACAGCUACCAAAAUUCUCUAGAAAAUGGCCGCAUUUUAAUUUGAAAAGUCCUGGUAUCAAACCCAAGCGGAGUGCAGGUAGUGUUAUGGCCAAUGCUGUAAACACAAUGAGUUCGACCUUGAAAAGUGAUGACAGUAAAAGCGAAGAUUCUUCAAAGAGUGAUAAUGAUUUCAGUGUGUUUGCUCCAGUACAACUCGGCACUGGUCAAAACAGCCCUACUUUGAGCCCCAACUCUCCUGCCGCUCCUUCCAAUCCUAUAAUGAACUGGUUCAAUCACACGCGAAGUCCUAGCGUUAGUUCGGUAAUUUCUACGGCUUCCUACAGACCUGCGCGGACGUCUGAAAGCGGAUCCAGUAUACAGACACACCUAUCUCAUCGUCAUACGUAUUCAACAAGCUCAUCUGGUGCACCAAACAGUCCUGGUGCACUGCAUACUCCCACGUCACCAGGGCCUCAUCCGCCAUCUUCUGCUGAACCAAACAGCCCCAGAUUACCACCAACGCCGCCUCCUCUACCACCCAGAAGGAGAAGAGAUAGUCCAGAGAUAAAUUCGCCACAACAGGCCAAGCAAGCCGCCGACGCCCCACCUUUACCACCUAAAGACCAGUCUCCGCCCCCGCUGCCGCCCAGACGUGAGCCCGGUGCUUCGCCCAAUCAACCCCAUGUCGGUUUUCACUCGCACACCCUGCCCCAUCCGGGUCAUUAUUCGCACUCCCAUUCCCAUCACGCCCCCGCUGUCGCUCCCCGAUUGAGACCGACGCACGCGUCGCAAUUACACAUGCGCCGACACGCGCAUAUCACGCCGAGAUCGAGUGGAACGCAGGCGCAACAAGCCUCUAAUGGAGGAUCUAGUAUUCCUCCGGCCACAUCGCCCGCUAAACCGCCAACAAUAUCCCCUCGUUACGGUUCGAGCAGUACCAGUGAGAGCAGUUCGGGUCAGAUCACGCCCCAGCUGCCCCCUAGGCCGGCUGUACGCUCAGCAGGAAUCACCUACGGAACAAUGUUCCAAUACCCAAGCACCACGAACACCUAGGAGGAGCUAAGUAUCUUUAUGGUUGUUAUGAUCCCUUACCGAUUUUAGACAAUCAAAAUAGGGACACUGGUUAUUGGCAGAAAAGAAAAACAAACAUUGAAUUUUUCAUGUUUUUGUCUUUAUUUUUCAUUGAUUUGGAAAAACUGAGUCAAACUUUAUUGGUUACUUAAGCCAGUUACACUUCACGACGCUUAUAAUCUGGAAAACAAUACGCUUUUUUAUCAGGAAUAAUUAAAAAUCCGAAAAUAUGUUUGGUGACAAAAUUCAAAACGAAAUUUAUGUAAGAAACAAUAAUACAUUAUUUUUCUGUACGGAUUUGGUGUGAUUAGGAGUUAGGAACAGUGCCUCAGGUACAAAGUUUAGCUGUUAUAGGUAUUAUGCGAAUGAUAUAAAUAUAUACCUCCGCGAAUCAUUUUCUUCAUGAAAACAGACUCAACAAUUGCAUAUUUUGUCAAGAGUAAAAUGCUAUCCUAAUAAUUUAUAAUUUUGUCCCAGAUAAUCUAAACUCUAAUAACUUUUUGAAAUAAUGCAUAUUUAAACAAUUUGUUGUUUCACAGUUGAUACCUCAUUAUGAUUUCUGUCUGGUUCAGAUAACCAGAUAGCUAUAUGUAAUAAAACUAUGACUCAUUUUCUGUCAUCAAUCGGUCUUGGUUUAAAUGUUUUAGUUCUGUCUUUACCCAUACUUUUACUUCUUCAUAGAACCUUUUCCAAAAUCAUUUUCAACAUGGGGUAUAGAUAUCGUUAUCCAUAAGCAAUAUCAGUAAUAUUCUAAAUAAAAACAUAGCUAAAUAUAUGUCAAAGGCGCAAAAUGAAAAAUGAUCAGGAGUAUGUUUUGAAUUUUGUCUCUAAACAAUGUAGUACAAAAAAACAUGUUUAAAAAAAACUUGAUGUGUAUUGAUGUAAAUUAAAUGUUAUGAAGAUCUUGGAGGCAGUUGAAAAGGAUUAAAUGUUUUAUAAAAUUUUCGUUUGCUGACAAGGUUGUAUGUGUAAAAAAAUGUGUUUUGAGAUAAUUUUUAAAUGUGUCUUAACUACUGUUGAGUAUUAGUGAGAUUUAACUGAUUUAUUAAUCAAUAAAUAAUAAGGCUAUUAAAUGUUGAAUUCUACAAUUUUCUCUUAAAAUUGAUUUAUAUUCUUUAAUAUGAGAUUAAUAGUAAAUGCCUCAAUUUCCAGAAAUGCUAUUUUAAAAUAGUAAGUUUUGACAUUUAGUAGCCAAUUUAGGGUAAAUUAAAAUAUUCUACUCAAGAAAGCUUUAAAAAAAAUUGUGAACUCGUAGAACUAUUGAAAAUGUAUGGCUAUGAAGAAUGAAUGAUCCGAGGCAAAAUGGAAAACUUAUUUUGAACUAAAAUAGGCCCAUUUUGUGAUUUUCAUUUUGCUUCAACUUAAUACGAGAAAUGCCAUGGAAUUCUGAAUGUCGGAAGAAUUGUAUAUAAAACAAAACACAAACAUACAUAUUUUCUUAUCUAAGUGUCAAAAAAAUAUAU